AUUUCAUAUUUGUUUGCUCAGAUGAUCUUCCUCCGUUUGUUUCCUCAAAUCUGAUUGAAUUUUUCAUCUUCUUCGACUUGAUUCGAAGAUAUCAACAAAUCAUCUUCAUCGAUCGAGCUCUGAUCUUUUCUUUUGAUUUCGAGAUCUAUCUAUUGUUCUGACUCAUUUUGCACACAAACAAAAAAAAUCUAUUGUUUUCACUUGAAUUUUCUGUUUCUAUCAGAAUGAUUUGAGCACAAAACGAAAACAGAAAUUCAAAUUCAAACAUGGGACAAAUUUUGCUGAAGAUUUCAUCACCCCAAGGCCGGCAUUGCAUUUGAUAUCAUGGCUGUUUCUACUCGCGUGAUGCUGAUAAGCCCAUGGGAGCUAAUUUUAGAAGAAGAGAAGAGUCUUCUAGUGAAGAUUAGGAGGUUUGUACAAGUAGAGAUACUCUGUUGUUUUGUAAUCGGAUUUUUGAUAAGAAAUAUUUAGAUUUAUAGUUAUCAAAUUGGUGGGUCGAGGAGAUUCUUGUGCUUUCCGGUGACCGUUUUGAAAUCCAUGGAUGGAAGAUCGAUCGAUUUGUUCCGCAUCAUUUCUCAGAAUUGCAGAAAUUGAAUCUUCAUCGAGGCUGGGACGAGUUGAUGAGGGAUGCAUUAUUGUUGCGGUUUUGGGAAUGACGAAGAAUAGUUGCUUCUAGACUCGAAAACAACUUUGAUUCCAGGGACAAAAUUGAUUGGCGCAGCAGAACCAAAUCUGAGCUGGUCAAGAUUCUACUUUGAAACUUUGUCAUACGUCUGCGUUCAUGGAGCUCCACCAACUAUAUCCGAGGAGGAAGUUCAUAUACACAUCCGAGGAGAAAAGACAAACUAUACAGAAGAAUCAAGACUGGUUCAAUACUGAGAGUGAUGUAGUGAGUUGGGGGAGAAGAACAAGGGUGCAAAAUUGCUUAUCCUUCCCAAACUUAAGUGGUUUGAUCUGGCUGUUCAAGGAAAUAUUAAACAGGGACAGAUAUUUCAACAAGAUGUCUAGGAAGCUGCUGUUCCAAUACAGUUUGGUAAUUCGACAAAGUUGGCUGAUGCUUUGGAUGUGUGAGGACAACUACAAGUCCGUAGUUUCGGUAUUUUACAUAAAUCUGAGCAGCAGAGUGCAUUGUAGGAGAAUUGCUGACCUGCGGUUGUUGCAUCUGGUUGACAAAUUUGUUUCGUUGUCUCACAUAUCCACAGAUAUCAAUGACAAUCAAAUUGAGAUAAGAUUUUCCUGCUGUUACUCGGAAAGACUAUCAAAGGCUGAACGGGAAAUCACUGUCCCUCAUACUCUUUGAGUAUUAACCGACACUUGGGAGUGUACAGACAUUAUACUAUUCUUUCGGGAUAGAAUGAGAAUCAAUGUUCAGCUGUAUGGAGCUGACUUGCACCCGAAUUUUGAGCAGUUGAAAGCAGCAAUGUCUCGCGUAAUGAUGUCGAUUCAAGAGCACAUGUUGUGCAACGACAGACAUGAAUCAAGAAGAAUCAAACAGAUUAUUUCUGGUGAUGAGAUGUCUCACGUAAAGCACAUAUGGAGGAAAUCUAAGCAAUUGCAAACAGUUUCAGACUUGGGAGUUUUGUUGGGACAGUGUUGUAAUCAACCUUUAGUGAUGAAAAUUAUGCAUAUUCAGCUUGGGAACAACAAAGAAACAAGGCAGAAAUGGCGCAGCAUGAAGUCACCAAGCUUGCGAAAAUCGAAUUUGACAUGAAGCAGAAUGUGUCUCAAGAAACAUAUAGACAGAUUCUAGCAGUGCUUGAGCAUAUUACUGGAAGUAGAAGUCACAAUGGAUACAAAGUGCACCAAGGGAACAGUGUUUGAUAGAGGUAGAAAUCGGCAAAAGAGACAGACACAAAAAUGUUUGCCUUCCCGGGAAGUUACGUACAAAUGUCCUUGCGGGUUGGUUCAGACCAAGUUAUAGUAGGUUUUGAUACGAUGGAGAUGAUCAAGGAAAUGGAGCUGAUGGGUCUUUCUGAUAGUGACUUUGAAACUGAAGAUGAUGAAAGUGGAGAAGAUGACAGUGAGGAUACAGGAGAAGACGAAUAUGAGGAGGAAUGGGUUGCUGUUCUAGAGGAUGAUGAUGAUGAUGAUGAAUCGCUGGCAGACUGGGCAAAUUUGGAAACAAUGAGGAGUUGCCAUCCCAUGUUUUUUUUUUUAAAGAGAAUGACUGAGGUUGCUUCAGAUGAUCUUGUUGAUUGGAUGGAUCAGCCGUCUGCUGGCCUUGCUAUCCAGGGAAUUCUGAGUCAUAUCUUAGUGGAAGAUUAUUCAGAUAUCCAAAGGAAACUUGCUGAUAACAAUUCUACAAGUACGAACAGAAACAAGGAUGCAGAAAACUUAGAAGAAAAGCUUGCAGACAUUAGUAAGGCAUGUGGUGAAGAAUCUGACAUAGAUUCAUCGCAGGGUGAAAAAGAAAGAACUGUGGUGGCAUUUUACAAGCUGGAGAUGAUAAGAAUUCAGCUUAUUACACCACAAGCUGGAGACUGAAGUUGAGGUGGAAGAUGUCAGAAAAGCACAACCUGAUGUUAUUGCUCAUGCAUCAGCUGGAAUCAUAAGCCGUUUAGAAGAAUCUGGUGAU